AUGGAGAGCCGAGGUUCCCCCCGUCUGCUCGAGGAGCCUCCCAGUAGUAGCCCUCAGAGAAUAUAUACCAGAAACGAUGCCGCUACGCCGGUGACAUUUCCGAGCCCCGCGGCAGCGAGUCGAGAUGCGAAGAAAGUCGAUAAGAGGAGUUUGGAUUACCUCCUACGAACAGGGUUCGCGGGCGGGUUGGCUGGAUGCGCGGCUAAAACCGUCGUCGGGCCGCUCGAUCGAGUCAAGAUCCUUUUCCAGGCGUCGAACCCCCAGUUUGCCAAAUACACCGGGAGUUGGUUCGGGGUUUUCACGGCGAUGAAGGAUAUCAAUAAGCAGGCUGGGUUACGCGGUUUAUUUCGUGGUCAUUCAGCCACGCUCCUCAGAGUGUUUCCAUAUGCUGGAAUCAAGUUCUUGGCCUAUGAACAGAUAAGAGCUGCAGUGAUACCGGACAAAGCUCACGAGACCCCCAUACGUCGAUUCGUGUCGGGCUCGCUGGCAGGUAUUACGUCAGUUUUCUUCACAUACCCGCUCGAGGUUAUACGAGUACGACUGGCUUUCGAGACGAAACGAGACUCGAGAUCUUCGUUAGCUCGCAUUUGUCGACAGAUAUACCAUGAGCAGCCUCCACAACCCGAGCCCGUACCCAUACAGGGUCCAGCGGCGGUCGCCGGUAGUGUUGCAAAUCAAGUAGCACCGAAGUCUGGGCUCGUUAACUUUUACCGGGGAUUUUCUCCCACAUUAUUGGGCAUGCUUCCAUACGCGGGCAUGUCAUUCUUAACACACGAUACGAUAGGAGACUUCUUCAGACAUCCAAGUCUUGCUCCUUAUACCGUUCUGCGAUCAACCGCCAUCGCCCCGGUCCCGCCCACCGAGUCUAAGGACAGAUCAUACCAACGAGUUCAACUGAACGCGGCAGCAGAACUUACUUCGGGUGCCAUGGCUGGAAUUGUGUCGCAGACCGCAUCUUAUCCCUUGGAGGUAAUACGCCGGCGUAUGCAAGUCGGUGGAGCAGUUGGCGAUGGUCAUCGACUGAGUAUUGCAGAAACUGCAAGAAGAAUAUUCGCAGAAAGAGGUUGGAGAGGUUUCUUUGUCGGACUUUCGAUUGGUUACGUCAAGGUUGUCCCCAUGGCCGCGACCGCCUUUUAUGUAUAUGAAAGAACCAAAUGGGUUCUCGGCGUGUGA